AUGGUGGAUACCGACAAAAUCAACGUCACCAUGAUGCUUGAGGAAUAUGAUCUAUUCAAGGUCACCAAGGCACGGGCGGUGUCUGAGAAACGAACUGUAGAUUCUCACCCGCAUCGAACACCGGAGGCCUCAAUGGAUGAGCUCCCUACAUCGGAAGGAAGAUCUAAAAGGAAGCAAUCGUACGACUUCCCCAAGCGGCGACAAACGGCAGAUUUUUUUUCUCCCGUUCUUCUUCUCAAGCAGCCCUCGUUUUCUCCUCCCGCACCUCUUCUCCUCCUCCAGCAAGGGCAGAGCACUGUUUUCUCCUUUGCUUCCUCUUCUCUGCUUCUCGGCAGCACUGUUGGAGCUCCUCGGAGUUCGCCGGAGCUCGCCAAACCACCGGAAGAAGAGAGGAAACAAAACCCUAGUUGCUCUCUCCUUUUUCCCCACCAACAGCAGCAUUUUUUGCUGCAUUUUGUUUCCUCCAACAGCAGCCCUAGCUGCUGCCCUAUUCUUGGCAGUACCGUUGGAGUUCGCCGGAGCUCGCCGGAGCUAGUUGAGGUGGCCAACGACAAAGGGAAAGCAACCCUAGUUGCUGUCCUCAUUUCCAGCAGCCACACAAAACCCUUAGAAGAUCCGAGCUCGAGUGGAGCACGGUGACCUGCCGAUACUCGGAGAUUUUUGCUGUAUAUAAG